CCCACCCUGGUGACGUGCAUUUGGGAAGUAUCGCGGGAAGAGGAAAGCUAGAGCCUUACACUUAGAAGUCACCAUGGUGACGGGAAGGGCUGGAAGCGCCUUGAAAACUGGUCCCAGAUCUAUGAGCAGUCGCCGCUGCUUUCCUAGAACUUGAGUGAAUACAAUCAAGUGUCAUCUUAAAAUUUUACUGAAAGUGGAGACAUGAGACUGAAGAUAUCUCUUUUAAAAGAACCAAGGCAUCAAGAAUUGGUAAGCUGUGUGGGCUGGACUACUGCUGAAGAACUGUAUUCAUGUAGUGAUGAUCACCAGAUAGUGAAGUGGAACUUGUUAACCAGUGAAACAAGUCAAAUAGUAAAGCUACCUGAUGAUAUUUACCCAAUAGAUCUUCACUGGUUUCCAAAAAGUUUAGGCAUAAAGAAACAGACUCAAGCAGAAAGCUUUGUUCUCACAAGUUCAGAUGGUAAAUUUCACCUAAUUUCUAAGUUAGGAAGAGUGGAAAAAAGUGUAGAAGCUCACUGUGGAGCAGUACUUGCAGGAAGAUGGAAUUAUGAAGGAACAGCAUUAGUUACAGUUGGAGAAGAUGGACAAAUAAAAAUUUGGUCAAAGACUGGGAUGCUUAGAUCAACUUUAGCUCAGCAAGGAACACCAGUGUAUUCAGUAGCAUGGGGCCCUGAUUCAGAAAAAGUUCUUUACACAGCAGGCAAGCAGCUGAUUAUUAAACCUCUUCAACCAAAUGCUAAAGUUUUACAGUGGAAAGCUCAUGAUGGUAUUAUUUUGAAAGUUGAUUGGAACUCAGUCAAUGACCUUAUUUUAUCUGCUGGUGAAGAUUGUAAAUAUAAGGUAUGGGAUAGUUACGGCCGUCCAUUGUACAGUUCACAACCUCAUGAGCAUCCUAUUACCUCAGUUGCCUGGGCUCCAGAUGGAGAAUUGUUUGCUGUUGGAUCAUUUCAUACUUUACGCUUGUGUGAUAAAACUGGGUGGUCAUAUGCUUUAGAAAAACCCAACACUGGAAGCAUAUUUAAUAUUGCGUGGUCAGUUGAUGGCACUCAGAUUGCUGGAGCCUGUGGAAAUGGGCAUGUUGUUUUUGGACAUGUGGUGGAGCAACGUUGGGAGUGGAAAAAUUUUCAAGUGACAUUAACUAAAAGAAGAACUAUGCAGGUUCGGAAUGUUCUUAAUGAUGCAGUGGACAUAUUGGAAUUUCGUGAUAGAGUCAUUAAAGCAUCUUUGAACUGUGCACACUUAGUUGUUUCAACAUCUCUUCAAUGUUACGUGUUCUCUACGAAGAACUGGAAUACACCACUUAUAUUUGAUCUCAAAGAAGGAACUGUUAGUUUAAUUCUACAGGCAGAAAGACAUUUUCUUCUUGUAGAUGGUGGUGGUAUCUAUUUAUAUUCUUAUGAAGGGCGCUUCAUUUCUUCUCCAAAAUUUCCUGGAAUGAGAACAGAUAUUUUGAAUGCACAGACUGUGUCUCUAAGUAAUGAUACUAUAGCAAUAAAAGACAAAGCUGAUGAGAAAAUUAUCUUUCUCUUUGAGGCAUCAACUGGAAAACCACUAGGUGAUGGGAAACAUCUUUCUCAUAAGAUUGAAAUUUUGGAAAUUGCUCUGGAUCAAAAAGGACUUACCAAUGAUAGAAAAAUUGCUUUCAUUGAUAAAAAUAGAGAUCUCUAUAUCACUUCAGUAAAACGAUUUGGGAAGGAAGAACAAAUUAUCAAACUUGGAACAAUGGUGCAUACUGUGGCCUGGUGUGAUACAUGCAAUAUCCUUUGUGGACUUCAGGAUACUCGAUUUACAGUGUGGUAUUACCCUAAUACAGUUUAUGUGGACAGAGACAUUUUGCCUAAAACACUGUCUGAAAGGGAUGCAAGUGAAUUUAGUAAAAAUCCCCAUAUUAUGAGUUUUGUUGGAAAUCAGGUAACUAUAAGAAGAGCAGAUGGCUCCCUGGUACAUAUCAGCAUAUCACCAUAUCCCGCUAUUCUCCACGAAUACGUAGGCAGUUCAAAAUGGGAGGAUGCUGUGAGACUUUGUCGUUUUGUAAAGGAGCAAACCAUGUGGGCUUGCCUAGCUGCUAUGGCAAUUGCUAAUCGAGAUAUGAUUACUGCAGAAAUAGCCUAUGCAGCCAUAGGUGAAAUUGACAAAGUCCAAUACAUCAAUUCUAUAAAAGAUCUUCCAUCUAAAGAAUCAAAAAUGGCCCACAUACUACUGUUUAGUGGGAACAUACAGGAGGCUGAAAUAAUUCUUCUUCAGGCUGGCCUUGUUUAUCAAGCAAUCCAGAUCAAUAUUAAUCUGUAUAACUGGGAAAGAGCACUGGAAUUGGCUGUAAAAUACAAAACACAUGUUGAUACGGUUCUUGCUUACCGUCAAAAGUUUUUAGAGACAUUUGGUAAACAGGAAACUAAUGAACGAUAUUUGCAAUAUGCAGAAGGUUUGACAGAUGUCUGGUGCAACCAAACUGUUGUUCAGCGUAUCAUCAGUACAUGGUUUUAUUGUGAUUGAUUUGAGAAACAUAUGUAAGUCAAUUUAAGGCUGGAAGAAGUCCAGGACAUCCAUCAACUUUUGUCUUCCUCUUUAUGAAUGUUUUGUUAGACAUGGAAACAAGUGUUUUGCCAUUUAAAAAUACCAAGUUGUGUCCCGAUUGAAAACUCCAAAUAGAUUGGGAGAAAAUCAAAGUCAAAAUUCAGAUGGAAAUUACUAAAGAACGAGAGCGAUCAUCAAGCAGCCAAUCCAACAAGAAUAUAAGUCUGAAGCACUAAAUACCUUGCCAACCUUUAAGAAAUUUUGAAAUUAAUUCUGAUCAACCAUAGAUAAGCAUGUUUUGGUUGUGAAAGAAAAAGGUAUAAUCCUUUUUUUCUUUUUUUUUUUUUUUUUGGAACUGGGGAUCAAACUUGGGACCUUGUGCUUGUGAGGCAGGCAGUGGAACCACUGAGCUAAAUCCCCGGCCCCAAAAAGGUAUAAUCUUUAAUAAUAAGCACUUUCUGUGUGUUUAAUUCCAAAAGUAUCAAAAAGAGUAAGCAAAAAAUAACUGAUAUAAUUUCAACUUUUAUAUUUUUCUAGUCUGAUAUUUAGCAGAGCAUUUCUAUAGCAUCUCUAUACUUAUGUAGUGUUGAUUACAUUCCAUUUUUGUUCAUUUAUCCCUGAAUCUUUAGGCAUGAACAAAUAUUAAUGCUGAUAAUAAAACAUUGAACUCUAAAA